CCCGGAAAGCGCGCACCCUUACCCCACCCCAGCAAGCGCACCGACCACACGUCAAAAGCGCGCCGCACGUCAUCCCGCGCCCGACACAAAACGCGUCUCCCGGACCUCACCUCACGCGCACACACCCGCGCCAUCCAAACCCCACGCCAACCACAGCAAGCAAAACAAAAACAAAAAACCACCAUGCCACCCAAGCGCGCCGCCGCCGCCGCCGGACGCAAGCGCGCCUCGGAAGUGUACGAGGACGACGGCUUCGUCGUUGGGGACGAGGGCGCGCCGCAGCUUAAGCGCGCCAAGGGCGGCGCCAAGAAGGAGGUCAAGACGGGCUUGCAGAGAGAUGACGAGGGGAAUGAGUUCUGGGAGAUUUCGAACCAGCGGCGCGUGACCGUGAGCCAGUUUAAGGGGAAGACGUUUGUCAGCGUGCGCGAGUACUACGAGAAGGACGGGAAGGCGAUGCCGGGGAAGAAGGGAAUCUCGCUCUCGGUCGAGCAGUACUCGACGCUGCUGACGCUGCUGCCGGACAUUGAGGCCGUGCUGGGCCAGAAGGGCGAGAGCGUGCCGCGCCCGAGCUAUGAGGGCGAGGUGGGCGGCGCUGUAAAGCAGCAACCUGCUGAGGAUGAAGAGGGAGAAGCGGAGGAAGAGGGCAAGAAGAACUUCGAGGCCACGAGCGACGAGGGCGAGGAGUGAUUGGCGGGCUUGAGGGGGAAGCGGCGCGAGACGUGGUCCGGGGACAUGAGGGUCUCGGGCGGAGCCGUGGUUCGCGCGAGGUGCAGGAAAACGUGCCGAGUGGAGCGGGAUGGCGCUCUCAGGUAUUUUCUAGGUAAAUUCUCUUUGCUUUCAGUUGUGAAUACCCUUGAGCUUCGUCUGGCUGUCUUUUGCAUAGUUUUUGGUUGCUCGUCGUCUACAC